UUAUCAUUUCUUUCGCGACAUUUGAGAAUAUAACUGCUCUUAACUUUAGGUAAAUCUUUUUAUAACAGCCAAAAUGCAGAUUCUAUACACAAUUUCUAUGGUUUUCCUGGUGGUCGCGGCGCAAGAUUAUCAGCCGCAGCAAGACUUCCUCAUCGACCCUUACCCGGUGUGGCACGCGACGAGACAGCGCCGCGACGUCACGUUCGACAAGCAGAUGGGCGACGGGCGCGUGUUCGGCACGCUCGGACAGAGCGACGCCGGGCUCUUCGGCAAGGCCGGCUACGAGCACCAGAUCUUCAACGACGCGCGCGGUACGCUGACGGGCCAGGCGAACGGCAUGCGCGUUCUGGGGCCUGACGGCGGCUCGUCGCACUUCGGAGGUGGCCUCAACUGGAAGAACCCCAACGCGGCGGCCUCCUUCGACAUCAGCAAGCAGGUCCACGGAGGAACCUCGUACCAGGCCGCGGCGGGCGGGCGCUGGCCGGUCGGCAAGAACGGCGACUUCUCUCUGCAGGGCACGUACGGGCGCGCGGCGGGCAUGCGGCGCGAGUACGGCGGGCUCGCCAACUUCAACUACCGCUGGUGAAGCCCCCGCGACCAUAUCAUAUAGUAUUAUUGUUUAUAUUUAUUAAAGUAUUGUUAAGUUAAA